AUGGAUGCUGAAAAUGAUGAUUCAAUGUUCAUAGAUCCAGAAAUAUUACAAAAAGAAUUAGUUAUUUCAUUACCAGUUUUAACUGAAUCUGAUGUUGAAAUGAUGUUAAAUGGUGUUGAUUUUUUUGAUGACGAGUCAUCAUUAGAUGAAGAUGAUAAAGAAAAACCUUGUUUAAAACGUGAUCAACGACAUUUAAAUCUAUUAAAUAAUCCUGAUUACGGUGUUAUUCUUUGUUUUAUUGAACGAUUUCGUUCAUAUAUAAAAAUGAAAAAUUAUCCAUUACGCAUACUUGAAGAUAAUCUAAUAAGUGAAAAAGAAAAGCUUAGUGGACGUUUUAUUGAUUUUCAUCUUGCUUUACUUAAAAAAACUUUAGGUGGUAAAACAAUAAAAAGAGAACAAUUUGUUUCAAGUAUAACAAGGUUUGCUUAUCGUUUUAAUCGUGAUGAUGGAGAUUACUUAGAUGAACAUGGAUAUUCAAAAUCAACUGUUGAUAUUAAACUUCGAAUUUUAAAAAAUUUAUUUGAAAAACAAUUUGAUUCUGAUCAUACAUUGAAGCAGUUUGUUGCUAAUAAACCAUCAAUUGAAAUACGUUCAAAACCAUUUGGUCGAGAUCGAUUUGGUGCAUCAUAUUGGUUGUUUACGGUAAAAAAAACCAAUUAA